ACCUUUUUUUUUGUUUGUUGAUCAGAAAAACAAAUGUUAUUGCGUAAAUGCACAUUAAACUGUGAAAAAAAAAACAUUUAAUCAAAUUGAACUGCAUUUAUUUAUAUAAAGUAGUAUUUUUUAAGAGAAAUAGAAACAUUAACCAUUAACCAUUAACGAAGGUUAAUAGAUAAUCAGUAUUAAAUGAGAGAUGAAGGGUGGUGACUGUAAAUACAAAGAACAACCUCCGAAAAACGAGGCCCAGUCUCAUCUUCCCGGAGUCCAUAGCUCCAAAAAGAUAAACAUCAAACAUAACUGAAAAUAACUACCCCUCUCUCUCACACACACUUACUGUGUGUAACCGUCGCCACCACCACCACCUUAAGUAACCCCAUCCGCCACUUCUUCAACUUUUUCCCAUCUCAUCUCUGUUAGCAACCACAUUAUGAACACACACACGAUCAUGGGUGCCACCACCUCCACUACUUCAUCGGACUUACAACUCUGCCCUGCGUCCCCUGAUGCUCAAGAGAUUUUCCGGCCAACCCUUGACACCUCCGACAUCUCCGUCGGCCACAUCCAACCCAUCACCACCAUACGCCCCCACCAACAAAACCCCAGAAAGAAACGCACAAAGAUGAUCCGAUUCCACAACAGCAAAGCCAUUGUUGGUGUUGCAGGCGGCAGUUCAACUUCCGGCAACCAUUCCGGCAUCAUCACAAAGAAAAAACCAGACCCAAGUGCUCCAAAAAUCACUCGUCCCUGUACUGAAUGUGGGAAGCGGUUCUGGUCAUGGAAAGCCCUCUUCGGCCACAUGCGUUGCCACCCUGAGCGACCAUGGCGGGGAAUCAACCCACCACCAAAUCUCCACCACCCGCCGGCGCCGGAUAAUCACGAUUUCACCAAUGUAACAACUGAAGAAGAUGAAUACGUGGCCGCAUGCUUAUUGAUGCUCGCUAACUCCACCACCACCAUCGCCGCCCAUCCAUCCACCAGUCACCACCACCACCACCAGGAUCCGGAUACCCGAUUUGAGUGCUCGAGUUGCAAAAAGGUAUUUGGGUCCCACCAAGCGUUAGGCGGGCACCGGGCAAGUCACAAGAAUGUGAAAGGUUGUUUUGCAAUAACAAGAAACGAUGAAGUUGAAGAUGGAGAAUUUGAAUGUGUAGAUAACAACAUGAACAUGGUGAUGGUUUUGGGCAGCGGGCAGCAACACAGAUGCAGCAUUUGCUCAAAGAUCUUUUCAAGCGGGCAGGCACUCGGUGGACACAAACGAUGUCACUGGGAGAAAGACGACGCCGUUAAUAAUACACCAAUAACAACACCGUUUAGGUUCGAUCUGAAUUCACCCCCACCUAAUGAUCAUCAUUCCACGUUUCCAAUUUCAGAUUUAGAUUUAAGAUUAAGCCUCUAA